AGAGAGCGUGAUUGCAGUCCCAGGGGAGGGAGUCAGCUAGAACACCAAUUACAAACCACAGGCUUCCUGCUCUAAGGAGUCGAUCCAGAAUUAUCUCUCUGGAAGGGAAGCGCUGGAAUCCUUCCGAACUUUCCAAGUCCACCCAUGAUUCAGGGACACUGCCUUCUCCCCCUGGGAUUCUCUGUGUUUCUGGUGACUUGCUGCUGAUGUGUUUGCUACUUGGUUUUUUCACUCUUUUCAAGAUUUGAUCAUUCUAUUUGCUGUUGUAAGAGAAAAGGAACUUUUGUUAGGAGAUUUCAGAAAUGAGUUUGGAUCUCCUAUAAGUGUUUUUAGGAUUCUUGGGAACAGUAGCUCUCAUCCUGGAGUCAGUUUCUGCCUCUGACCUGCUUGGAUUAUCUUUUCAGGCUGCGGAAUUUCUCGGCACCUACCUGUAGCGCUGGGCAGUUGGUGUGGUUGCAGAGUAAGAAGGUGGAAGAAUGAGCUGUACCUGGUUAAGCAGUUGAAACCUUUUUUGAGCAGGAUCCGUAAAAGCAUAAUUGAAUUUGUUUCACCCCCGUGGAUUCCAGUGGGCCCGAGACAGCACAACAGAUCUUGUGGUCUUCAGUCAUUUACCACUGACAACGUUCGUGGCUUAAAAAGGACCAUCUCUUCACGUUCGGAGCUCCAGCUCUUCACUCUCACCUUGGAUGCACGGCUAUAGCUGUUUACUUUGCCUUGUUUUGUUCAUGAACACUGGGUUCAGUGCCUCAGCGACCUGAUGCAUAUGGAAGACCAACACAGAUGAUCUGAUAUAACCAAGCUUCCGGAUGUGACAUUCAAUCUCAAGCAGAGUUGGAAAUUCUAAAGAGAAGUGGUGAUACCUUUCCCAGUCAGAGUGAAGAUGGGAGAGAAUGACAUACCUGCCACAGAAGUGGGCUGAAAACACCCUCUUCUCUGCCCAAUCAGGAAUGCCACCUGCUCUUGGGAAUACACUUUAGAGGAAGGAAGGGCCAAAACUACAACCUGGUUUUCUGAAACUGAAGCGUAAAUUUCUCUUCUUCCAUUUAUCCGGAUACGAGAACCUGCAUUUGGUAUUAGCUAAAGGAAGCAGUAUGUAUGGCCGAAGUGCAUUGCUGCAGCUGGUAGCAUGAGUGGUGGCCACCAGCUGCAGCUGGUUGCCCUCUGGCCCUGGCUGCUGAUGGCUACCCUCCAGGCAGGCUUUGGACGUACAGGACUGGUACUGGCAGCAGCGGUGGAGUCUGAGAGAUCAGCAGAGCAGAAAGCUAUUAUCAGAGUGAUCCCCUUGAAAAUGGACCCUACAGGAAAACUGAAUCUCACUUUGGAAGGUGUGUUUGCUGGUGUUGCUGAAAUAACUCCAGCAGAAGGAAAAUUGAUGCAGUCCCACCCCCUGUACCUGUGCAAUGCCAGUGAUGACGACAAUCUGGAGCCUGGAUUCAUCAGCAUCGUCAAGCUGGAGAGCCCCCGCCGGGCCCCCCGCCCCUGCCUGUCGCUGGCCAGCAAGGCCCGGAUGGCAGGCGAGCGAGGAGCCAGUGCUGUCCUCUUUGACAUCACCGAGGACCGAGCUGCUGCUGAGCAGCUGCAGCAGCCCCUGGGGCUGACUUGGCCGGUGGUGUUGAUCUGGGGUCACGAUGCCGAGAAGCUGAUGGAGUUUGUGUACAAGAACCAAAAGGCCCACGUGAGGAUUGAGCUGAAGGAGCCCCCAGCCUGGCCAGACUACGAUGUGUGGAUCCUCCUGACUGUGGUGGGCACCAUCUUUGUGGUCAUCCUGGCCUCGGUGCUGCGGAUCCGGUGCCGCCCCCGCCACAGCAGGCCGGAUCCCCUUCAACAGCGAACAGCCUGGGCCGUCAGCCAGCUGGCCACCAGGAGGUACCGGGCCAGCUGCAGGAGGGCCCGGGCCGAGUGGCCAGACUCCAGUAGCAGCUGCAGCUCAGCCCCGGUGUGUGCCAUCUGCCUGGAGGAGUUCUCUGAGGGACAGGAGCUACGAGUCAUUUCCUGCCUCCAUGAAUUCCACCGUACGUGCGUGGACCCCUGGCUGCAUCAGCACCGGACUUGCCCCCUCUGCAUGUUCAACAUCGUAGAGGGAGAUUCAUUUUCCCAGUCCCUGGGACCCUCUCGAUCUUACCAGGAACCGGGCCGGAGACUCCACCUCAUUCGCCAGCAUCCCGGCCAUGCCCACUACCACCUCCCUGCUGCCUACCUGUUGGGCCCUUCCCGGAGUGCAGGGGCUCGGCCCCCACGACCUCGUCCCUUUCUUCCAUCGCAGGAGCCAGGCACGGGCCCUCGGCACCAACAUCCCCGGGCUCCAGGCGAGCAGCAGUGUCCGACAGGGGCCCAGCACCCCUACACACAGGGCUGGGGGCCGAGCCGCCUCCGAUGUAGCUCACAGCACCCCACUGCUGGCCCAGGGCCCCUGCGCCGGGCCAGGCCUCAUGACAGCAGUGGGUCUGGAGAAAGCAACUGCACCGAAUGUAGUGGCUACCUGGCAGACGGGCCGGCCAGUGACUCCAGCUCGGGGCCCUGUCACGGCUCAUCCAGUGACUCAGUGGUCAACUGCACGGACGUCAGCCUGCAGGGCAUCCACGGGAGCAGCUCCACCUUCCGCAGCUCCCUGAGCAGUGACUUUGACCCCCUGGUAUACUGCAGCCCUGAAGCGCAUCCCCAUGGGGAGGAGGUGCAGCCUAGCAUGACUUCCCGGCCCCGUUCCUUGGACUCUGUGGUGCCCACAGGGGAGACCCAGGUCUCCAGCCAUGUCCACUACCACCGGCACCGGCACCACCACUACAAAAAGCGGUUCCAGUGGCAUGGCAGGAAGCUUGGGCCAGAAACUGGGGCACCCCAGUCCAGGCCUGCAGUCCCUCGGACACAGCCCCAGCCAGAGCCGCCAUCUCCUGAUCCGCAAGUCACCAGGUCCAACCCAGCAGCCCCUUCAGGACAGCCCCCCAACUCACAGCGGUCCAAGGCCCUCCUGGAGGCAGCCCCUGGCCCUGCAGAAGCCUCCAGCCGCAGCCCCAGCCUCAGCAGUCUUUAUGACUUGCAGAAAUCCAGCCUUCCUGGCCGGCACCCACAGCGGAGACGGCGGGGCUGCCCCUCGGAGCCUCCACCAGCCUCUCGGCCCCAGGACUUGACUGUGCACCCAGCUUGCCAGAUUUUCCCCCAUUUCAACCCCAGCCUGGCAUACCCUUGGCCACCAGAGGCCCACCCACUGAUCUUCAGACCUCCAGGCCUGGACCGGAGGCUGCUACCAGAAGCCCCAGGCCCCUGUUACUCAAGUUCACAGCCAGUGUGGUUGUGUCUGACUCCACGCCGGCCCCUAGGACCGCACCCACCUGGGGAGGGGCCUUCUGAGUGGAGUUCUGACACCCCAGGGGGCAGGCCAUGCCCUUACCCACACUGCCAGGUGCUGCCAGCCCAGCCUGGCGCAGAGGAGGAACUGGAGGAGCUGUGUGAACAGGCUGUGUGAGACGUGCAAGCCUAGCUCCACCCAAGAGUGUGCUCUGGAUGACUCGGGGGCCCUACCUGGCUGGAUCCUGUUCCUGAGAGAAGAAAGGACCUCAGCAAACACCCCUCUUGGCCGUAGUUCCUGGAGCCACUGGAAGAAGAGUGGCGAUGGUGGAUGGCAGGAGGCGCUGUUUCCUGCUCCCAGCUCCACAGCUUGUUUGCAGAACACAUCUCCAGUGCAGCAAGUCUGUGUCCAGCCAGGCAACCAGCUGCUGCCUGUGUGCACGUGGGGGCUGGACGCCUUGAAGGCCCCUUUUCAGAGGGCCAGAAGCUAGUUAUGGGUAGCCAGGUGUUCCGUUACAAAGGUGCUGCUCCAUUCCCCAGCCCUCCCAACUCUCCCUUGCCCCAAGCCUCAUGUUCACAGCAGCAGGCGGGUUCAGCUGAAUGCCUGACCCUGUCCCAUCUCCUUCCUUGGGUGAGCUCAGCACAGCAGCUUUGGUGGCUGCCCAGUGAAGCUGCUAAAUCAGCUCCAUCAUUCUCCUUUGCAAAAGGACCUGGAGUAGAGAGGGGCUCUGCAGCUUCUCCAGGCACUGCCUUCUUCCAGGCGUCUUGUCCUUCGGUUGUCAGACGCACAAUGUGAAGUCAGAGAGGAGGCUCUGGGAAGCCAGGGUGUAGAGAGUUCUGUCCCUGAAGUGGGCCAAGCACCUUGAAGAACCUGCAAUGGAACCUGCCGUCUCCAGACACCUUUGUCAGUCCAGCAGCCCCAGUUCCUCUGGGGGCUGGGGGAGGCGUCAUGGGGAGGGAGUAACUCCUCGUGAAAGAGCUCCUGUCUGCACGUUUCUCAGCAGAUGGACAGGAGGGAAUUUCUCCUGGACUUCAUCCGAGAAGAGGGAGAAUGGACUGAAGGUAGAGGCAGGAGGAUUACAGCUGAGCAGGCACAGCAAAGAAUUCUCUGGGACAAGUUUUGUCUUGGAGCAGGGAUGAGGAUUAGGGGAGAACAAAGGAAAAACAAAGUGUAACUCUUGGGUUUGGAGGGCCCAGAGGCCUGCCUCCCCAGUAGAAGCCAUACACGAGCCAGGGACCCACAGAAAGGGUGCACACGAGUGGGCAUGGAGCAAGCAAGUCUGGCCUGGGCAGCCCGUGCCGAGUGGGCAAGGGCCAAGGGGCCUCCUUAGGGCGACAUUCAGCCCCAGGGCAUCCUGGUGCGGGCCCCUCAGGCAUUAUCCCAUUUGGAAUGUGAAUGUGGGGGGCAAAGUGGGCACAGGACCCCUUUCUUCCCUCACAGUGAGUGGGAAGACUAGCAGCUAAGCACCCACAUGGGUAUUUAUAUCUGAACCAGACAGAAAGAUGCUUGAAUCAGGCAACUAUGUUGAGAAAUGUAUUUAUUUGCUAAUAUAUUUAUCCAUAAAUGCA